AUGUCCAAAACUAAGGAGUUGUCAAAGGUUGUAACAUAUUUGAGUACCGAAAGCUCAAUAAAUUCGUCUGGAUACGUGGAAAUUGGUGGGUGCAUGAAGGAUUAUUCGUGGUCAUUGGAAAAUAAGAAAAGGAGGCUUUAUAUAAGCAUUGGAAGGAAUUAUUUAAGGGAUUUGAGGGUGGUUGAGUAUCGUAUAGAGAUGAUUUACAUGAUGUCAUGGCCAGGUGCCUUUAAAGAUCAGCUAAGCACUUCCUGCUCGGAUAUUCGAAACGGCCAUUGGAAUAUGGGACUGAUGAGCUUUCGUGGCGAGAAGGAGUCUGCGGCGGUUUCCCUCCAUUGGUUCAAUCGGACCAUGUUUGUACGCCUGCCUUGCGUUACGCAGAAAAUUCCUUUGAUGCAUAGAUACCGUAGAAGACAUUUAUCAACAUACGAAAACAUUGAAGCUUUUUUGCAAGAUGGUAGCCUUAUGCCUAUAAGGUACUCUUAUUCAGAUAUUGUGAAAAUGACCAGAGGUUUUAAGGAUAAGUUGGGUCAAGGGGGGUUCGGAUGUGUGUACAAAGGGAAGCUACGCAGCGGGGUCUAUGCUGCUAUAAAGAUGUUGGAAAAAUCUAAUACAAAUGGACAAGAUUUUAUCAGUGAAGUCGCAACUAUUGGAAGGAUACACCAUGUGAAUGUGGUUAAGCUUAUUGGAUACUGUGUUGAGGGUUCGAAGCAUGCACUUGUUUAUGAAUUCAUGCCCUCUAGCUCUCUUGAUAAGUAUAUAUUUUCAAAUGAAGUAAGUAUCCCCUUAAGUUAUGAUCAAAUAUAUCAAAUAUCCCUUGGAGUGGCCCGUGGGAUUGCUUAUUUGCAUGAGGGCUGUGACAUGCAAAUUCUACACUUUGAUAUCAAGCCCUACAACAUUCUUCUUGAUGAAAACUUUAUCCCAAAGAUUUCAGAUUUUGGACUUGCAAAGUUGUAUCCGGUAGAUGAUAGUGUCAUUACUUUGACUGCUGCAAGAGGCACAAUUGGCUACAUGGCUCCAGAAUUAUUCUAUAAGAAUAUUGGAGCAGUCUCCUUCAAGGCUGAUGUUUACAGCUUUGGAAUGCUGUUGAUGGAAAUGGCACAUAGACAGAAGAAUGUGAAUCCACAUGCAGAAAACUCAAGCCAAGUUUUCUUUCCCACUUGGAUUUAUGAUCAGUUUAAUAAAGGAGAAGACAUAGAAUUUGAUGAUAGCUCAGAGGAGGAAAAGAACAUAGUCAAGAAGAUGAUCACAGUUGCACUGUGGUGCAUUCAGUUAAAACCCUGUGACCGUCCUUCGAUGAAAAAAGUAGUAGAGAUGCUAGAAGGGGCACUUGAAAUCCUAGAAAUGCCCCCAAAGCCUUUAUUGUAUCCACAUAAAGAACCUGUUGAGGUUCCAAGAGUCUACUCGGGCCAAACCUCAUCAGAUGACUUCACAAAUUCUGAAAGUUAUCCUGAUGAGAACAGUGGGGAUAUUAUACCUGAGACUGAGAGUUGUUCAUGAAUCAUGAUCCAAUGAGAGGUGUUAAUUUCACAAAUCACAAUCCAAUCAAAAGAUACAAUUGUUUCUGAAGAAUUCUAGA